UGGCCGCUCCCCAACCAUCUCCUCUCCAGUCCAACCGGCAACUGCGGCAGGGAGCCCCUGAUACUGAGCCAAAACCGCGGCCGGACAGACAGACCAACACUGGAAGAUGAUGUGGAGCGUUGUGCUGCUGCUGGCUGCUGCCCUCCCUGCGGAGUCCUAUACUGUCGUAGACCUCCAUGAGCGUUUGGCCCAUGGUCGCCAGCUGAAGAUCUACCUGCCCAAGAGUGUGGAAACGCUGGACUUCAUCCCCGCUGAUGAACCCGGAAAGACCUUCACCUACUGGGAGAGGGGUAGACUGAGAAUGUCCAAAGGCAGAGUGUCUGGCACCGGCACCGACAGACGCUGGUACAUCGACAAGGUGACCUAUGAGGACCAGGGGACAUACAUCCAGAAGGACUAUUGGAACAAAGAGAUUUCCACUGUCAAGGUGGCCGUCACACCCAGACACAACUACGUGAAGCGUAUAGCAGGAGAGAGUCUGGACAUCUCACUGGAGGGCAUCGACCUGGCCAACGCUGUCCUCUCCUUCUCUGGGGAGGCUGCCAACGUCACACUGGUGCGUGAUGGUGCUCGGGUGUCUCAGGACCUUCCGGAUUAUUGGGACCGGGUUGAGACCCACUCCAUGAACAUCGAGAUCAAGAAUGUUAACACCAGCGAUGUGGGCCAUUACACCCUAAGAGACCGCAGGAACCGGGUGGUGUCUAUUACCAGGAUGGACCUGACAGACCGCCAUGAGUACACACAGGGAAACCCUCUCAUGGCUCUGCUCUUACUGCUGGGCAUCCCCGCUGGGAUCUGCUGCUGCUGUCGGAAGAAGAUUUUCAGGAAGCAAGCCGGCACCAAUGUAACGCUACAGGCCACCCCAUACACAGUCCACCCUCCUCCCAGCGGUCCUGUUGGACCGUGUCCUCCCUACAGCAGCCCCGGGACCCCAGGAGUGGUGUACUACCACGGCACUGAGCCCAGCAUGGGUCCUAAGGAGCACCCCCCACCUCAGCCCACUGGCCCAGGACAGUGGAGCGGCCCCCCACCCUCCCCAGGUUUUAACCCGGCCUACCCACCCCAGAACCCGGCCUACCCACCCCAGAACCCGGCCUACCCUCCUGCUGGUGGAGCUAUGAUCCCCCCUAACCAGCCUCCACAAUGGAACGGUCCACCACCAGCCCAGUACCCCACCGGACCUGUAGCGCCGAUGGGUUAUGCUCCAGUCAUGCAUAGCUCUCCUCCAGCAGCAACCGUUGAACCUGUUCAUCAGGACGUCAAGAUGGAGAGUAGGAUUUCCUCACCGGCUGACCCCCUGCUGACUGCCACACCACAGGCUGGAGCAGCAUCCUGUCCGGUAGCUCCGGGGUCCGACAUCCUCAGCUCCUCUGAUGGUGCCUACCAGUUCAACAUCGACGGAGGCAAAAACUCUAGCAGCUUCUUGUAGGGAUGCUGACUGGUGGAGCAGCAUCCUCGCUGUCCUGCUGCAGCUGGAAACAGUGGACAGCAUUUGGACAGUAAAUUCUAUUCUUUAAUGUGGUAAUGUGGUAUUAGGCAAAUGAGCAAACAUGUAUGGUGUAAAAUCUACUGGCUCAGACAGCUGAGGUUUGGCAGGAGGAGUCAAUUAUUUUGGGGAUCCAAUUUCCAGAGGUGAGGAGACAAUGAAAGGAGGUGUUUUCUUCAAGCGUUAGCAUGUGGAAUAGAAUUGUAACAUCAACAUCAUAAGUACAUCCUAAACACAGGGCUGGGUUCAGUUUACCGAAGGUUUAGUUGUGUGGUUUCUACAUCUUUACUGAUUCCUGCCCUGCUGUUUCUCUGUGUUUAGCCAGGAAUACAAACCAGUCCGCAUGGGGAAAUAACUCGAUAGUAACAGCUAACAUACAAAAAAUGAAAAAUGCUUCACUGACAAAUUAGUUGCCUUGAGUUGUGCUUUGAUGAAUUAGACUUAAGCAGCCUGUGUACUGAGUGACUGUCCACAGCCAUGGAACUGAGCAGAGGUCUGUAGCUGGGCACUGACUGGGUCUGUGUGUAAGAUGUCUCAGAGUGAGCCACUCAACAGCCCUGUCCCUGUCCAGUUACUGUACAGCUUCACACUCGGUCUGAACACACCCACAGGGCCUGUUCAAUGGUCAGCCGACUGCACUGAUAUACUGUUGCGCUUUUCUAGCGCUUUACUAUACAAGUCAGUUUCAAGGAGGAACUAUUUUCUCUCUACCGGACUACACUCACCAAAGUGUCCUCAUGGACGAGAGGCUAGUAACUGCUCGAUAAAAACAUGAAUGGCAUCCUGCUCAGCUGAGCUGUAGUGUUAGCUAGCUCAGGCGAGCUAGCAGUAUGGGAUGUAGUUUGGUAGAGAGAAAAUAGUUCCUACAUCAAACUGCUGGUCAUGACUUUUGGAAAGAGACAUUUUCAGAAGUCAUGACUUCGCGCUACAAGCCAAGGGCCGUAGUUCCAUUAUCUGGGAGAGAAGGCAGACAUCUCUUUGAUCGAUAUCUUCAACACUGGGCAACUCACACCUAAAUUAUCUAGACUGAUAAAUAGCACUACAGGUUAGAGGAAACAUGUAUUUUUGAUUUAAACUGUUCCUUUAAAGAGCCCAGGUACCAACAGAACUCCCAAAUCAUGACAUCAGAUCAUUUUCCUAAGUAGAGAUGUAUGAAACCGAAUUGUGAAAACAAUAGCUACCUCAUUUUUGGAUUCUAUGCCUCUUUAUAGGUCAACACUUGUCGAGUUUGUAUUGGUCAGUGGUACUGUGUGUGUGUCACAUUGAUAUUGCCUGAAUCCUUUGAUAGUAAUGCUUCCAUUCAUUGUAAAUGCUAACAGCUUAACUGUAAGAAUGCUACCUCAUGCCUCCUGACCAUUACAGCAAAAAACAAUCAGAGCCUGUGUGCCUGCCGUUUAUCACCCAACUACAGCUGAGCAGGAAGUAGCAGCAUUCACAAACUCUGAGUCAGACAGUGUAGCAACUUCAUGUUUGUCAGUUAGAACUAUUACUUCUGCCAUAAACCUUUUGAAUGUUCACCUUACAACCACCAACAGACAUGCAUUGUACUGUAAGUGGCAUCACAGAAGCCUUUCUUUAUAGUAACAGAGUCUUUCGUUGUGUUUCUGGAGGUCCGUAAAUACAGUGAAGCUUGAUCUCCACAGGCUAGAUGUAGAUGUAGAGGGUCUUAGGGCAGCGGGACUCACUCUGGGUCCUGCAUCUGGUGUCUGGGCAACUGGGUUUUUAGAGUAACAUAAUAAACUGGGACAAAGAUAUUCUGAACAGCAAGACGAGGUGGCUUUUUUACCUUUGUGUUCAAUGUUAUUUUCUUUGAUUGUUUUAUGUAAAUGUUACAAAUGAUAUUUACGAAGUGUAGAUGUAGUAGAUGGUUGUGGGUGUUGAUGGAGUUGGAGGGACUUUUAAAACUUCUGUUGGUUUCUCCAGUUGUGUCCACCUCUGGAUCUGCCAAUGAACCUUGGUUUCCUGCCUCUCAUUUUAUAUCUAACAUUAUAAAGUAUACACUCUGUAUAUGGAAGUGCAACUUUGUGAUAAUAAAACUAUGUAUGAAUAUGAAA